CGUAUGUGGUCUUGUUUGGCGAACGAUGGAGAUGUGAUGUUAUGAGUUUGGAGACGAUGCUAAGCUUUCUGAAGACAGUGCCUUGUCCCAAUUAUUAAUCGCCUCCGUCUGUUGUAUGUAAACGAAUCGAUGCUGGUUUUGGAUCCGGCUGGUAGCAUACUUUGUGAUGAGAAAGGAGGUCUGGAGCCGAGGUAUGGAGAAUAAUGGGGCACAGCUGACGAUGUAAACACUGUCGCAUGUUAUGUGUCACACUCGAGGCUAAUAUGCUCGCAAAGCUUAGGAUACAACUAUCGGGUUGCAGGAGGAUGAAAUAGGAAGUCAGAUAUCUGAGUUUGAAGCCAGGUGGGCCAGAGAUGGGAAGUGACACUGCACUGCUCCAAAUUCAUCCGCUUGUUGUGCAAAGGAGGAUAGCCCUCCAGGCAAAAAUAUCCUCGGAAGACAAACACUUUUUGGUGGUUUUAACAACGUAAAAAACGGCGUAUACUAAGUUGCAUCCACAGUACCGACGCAGGUUUAGCUGGAUCCAGCAUUGUUGUUAUUUUUUUGCCCUCACUUUGCAAACAUGUCCUUCACAAUGGAGGAUAAUUUCGAGUCGGGCUGGGUAGCUGUCCGCCCGAACGCCUUUGAUGAUAAGGAAAGGCACAAAUUUGUUUUUAUUGUUGCAUGGAAUGAAGUGGAGGACAAAUUUGCCAUUACGUGUCACAACAGGACGGUGCAGAGGAGAAGCUUUGGUAGGGACCCACUGGCCGAGGCCACUGGCCAGGAUGGAGACAAAACAAAAUGGCCCGAAAGUCCCACCAGAGAUAAAGUCUCCAGGAGUCCAAGCAAAGGAGUCUGCAGCCCUAAAACCAAAUCCGUCAUGGCACCAACAAGGAGUCCUGUCAAAAUCCCUUCAGUCAGUCGUGACAAUGAGGUGUUAAAACCUCUCAGAGAGGACCAGCUGCCCCCCUCUCUGGACCUCUUGGAUCUAGAGGAGCUGGACAGUCUGAGCCGGGAGGACUGCAGCUGGGCCGGGCUUUUCUCCUUCCAGGACCUGCGGUCGGUCCACCAGCAGCUAUGCUCGGUGAACUCGGACCUGGAGCCUUGCCUCCCGGUGUUUCCGGAGGAACCCGCCGGGAUGUGGACAGUGCUGUUCGGCAUGGCGGAAGUACCCGAGACAGAAACGGAUAAGCUUUGCUACAGUUUGCAGAGGUACCUGAGCCACUCACUCGAUAUCUGUGGAUGGAAGAUCCUGUCGCAGGUUCUGUUCACGGAAAAAGACGACCCAGAUGAGUACUACGAGAGCCUGAGUGAGCUGAGGCAGUCUGGGUACGAAGAGGCACUCAACCGGGCAACAAAACAUCUGCAAGAGCUGCUGGACAAGCACAAGACCAUUGAUAGUAUGGUGGAGCUGUUGAAGGUUUAUGAGGAGGAAGACGAGGCAUAUGGAGGACUGCUGGAGGCCUCCACCCAGCUGUACCAGUACCUGCUGCAGCCCUUCAGAGACAUGAGGGAACUGGCAAUGCUACGCAGACAGCAGAUCAAGAUUUCCUUGGAGAAUGACUACCUGGGGCCGAGGCGGAUUGAAGCUCUAAAAAAGGAGGACUCUGACUGGCAGAAAAAAGCUCAAGAGGCCGUCCUCAACAUACAGGAGUUUACUAUAAAAUACUUUGAGAUCACUGCCAAAGCCCAGAAAGGGGUGUAUGAGCGUAUGAAGGUGGACCAGCGCAAGUUUGGUAAAUCCUCUUGGACGGCUGCGGUGGAGCGUAUGGAGAGACUCCGCUACUCUGUGGCAAAGGAAACUCUGCAGCUCCAGAGAGCCCGGGAGAUCUGCCUGGAGCAGAGGAAGCACACACUACGAGAGGAGAUGCAGAGUCUGUGUAGCAGUGAGAACGCCAUGGCCCUCUUAGACCACAUGGAGACACAGUACUAUGAGCGGCAGCUGCAACUGUACGACAUCCAGGCGGAGAUACUACAGUGUGAAGAGCUGCUUCUCAUCGCGCAACUAGACAGCAUUCACAGGCAGAUUUCUGUUCUGUCAAGGGCUUUUGGGGCUUGCCAAAUAUAUUGCUUGCCAUCGACAAAAUCCUACAGUUCCAGACUGAAAGAGCGUCAGGAGGAGGUGGUGUACUAUGACACCUUUCAAAGUACAGAUGACAUAAAGCAGGAUGAUCCUGCCGAGAGGGAAGAGCUGCGCAGACUUCAGGUCAGCGCUCGACAGCUGGAGGCAAGAAGGGGGCGCAUCACUGCCAAGCGCUCCUAUCUGAGGAACAAAAAGGAGAUCUGUGUAUCAAAUCACACCCAGAAACAGCAGAAACACCAAGCCCUCCACAAGGACUCCCAUCAGGUCUUACAGUUGGAAGAUGAAGAAGAGGAAGACGAGGAGAGGAAGAAUAGCAGAGUUAGUCAGGAGAGGCAGAGAACUCUGGACAGACUACGCACUUUCAAGCAGCGGAACCCCGGUCAGGUGAUUCUGAAGUCCAGCCGACUGCGCGUCACCAGAAGAAAAGGGCACGGCAGGAGCAUGGAGAUGAGUAGUGUGUGUGAGAGGGAGGAGCGGGUGCCCUCGGUGUGUGUGCAGGCGCAGGGCCACCCGCUGUGUCUCAGCACCAGCAUGCAGACGGACCCCAGCUCCACCCUCACCACCCAGCCCGUCACGGCCCUCACAGCCUCCCUCCCUCCGCUGCCUGUGCACAGUCCUGCAGACUCCUCCUGCUCCGCCUGCUCCCUGUCCUCCCUACUGUCCUCCCCCAUGUCCCCUCCUCCUCCCCCUCCACCUCCUCCUCCCCUGCCAACAAAGGAGGAGUUGUCACCGACUGCUAGCCCAGGUCCGCAGAAGGUCAAGGGGAAGAUGGGAGCAGCAGAACAUCUCUCCCCCCUCGGGCCGUUCAUCCCUCGCUUCUUUGACAGCAGCCAACUGUUGAGCGCCCGCAAAAAGCUGAGGAAGACUCCGGAGUUUGACUCUGCCAGCAGAAGAGAGAGCUCGCCCAUGGACGAAGUGCUAGCCUCCCUGAAGAGAGGCAGCUUCCAUCUUAGGAAGGUCGACCAGCGGGCUCUUCCUCCCUCUACGGACGACGACGAACCCAACACCAUCCUGGCUCAGAUUCGCAAAGGGGUCAAACUGAAGCGCCGUCCCCAGGACAGAGGAGAAAAGGACCAGGGGGAAGCUGCCGGCUUCCACCGACCCCCUCGACCAGGGAGCAUCUAUGAGGCCCGCCUGCGGGCCGCAUAAAGGGAGGCCUGCGGAGGUCCGACGUCGGAUGAGGACGGGGAACGACUCGGUGGGAUAGCUAAUUGGUCCAAGGCUCGCAGCGCAGAGGGUAGAAAAGCCACCACAGACGCUGCCACCUUCUGGCACUGCACGCACCGCCGUACUGUAUAAAGCUGUGUGCCACUGUACACUUAAUUAAACAGCUUACUCAUUCACACAGCCAGU